ACCCCUGCCUGUAUAUAGUUUCUGCUGCCAGUGCAAACACACUUCCAUCUUUGGGUUUGUUAGAGGCGGAACCUCUCUGUGAAAGCAGAAGCGAAGGAAACUCUUUGAGAGCUGAUCUGAAGCCGACGGAGCCGCUUUACUUUCAGACAUGUGCACUGGAAAAUGCUCUCGCUGCAUCGCGGUGACUCUGUACCCGCUGGCGCUCAUAUCCAUCAUCUGUAACAUCGUGCUGUUCUUUCCUGACGGAGACAUCAAGUACGCCCAAGAUGGACACAUCACCGAGGAGGUGAAAUACAUGGGGGGGCUCGUCGGAGGAGGUUUGCUGGUUUUGCUCCCAGCGCUUUACAUCAACCUGACGGGGAAACAGGGCUGCUGUGGGAACCGCUGCGGGAUGUUCUUGUCUAUCGCCUUCGCUGCCGUGGGCGUCGCUGGCGCCCUGUACAGCCUCAGCGUGGCGGCUGUGGGUCUGCAGAACGGGCCUCUGUGCAAAGUGGUGCUGAUCUGGGGGACACCUUUUAAAAACACCGACAGCAGCUACCUGACCGACGACUCCACGUGGUGGCAGUGCACGGAGCCCAAGAACAUCGUGCAGUUCAACAUCGGACUGUUCGCCACUCUGGUGGUCACCAGCAGCCUGGAGGCCAUCCUGUGCGCCAUCCAGAUGAUCAACGGGCUGUUCGGCUGCCUGUGCGGGGCCUGCGUGGAUAAAGGGCCACUGUGAGCUCCUGAUGGUCGCCUGGUGCCUCCUGCUGGACGACCCAGAGAACUGUUUGUGGUUGCAGCUGCAUAAAUUUUCACUUUGUUCGACAGAUUUUUAUACUUUUUAUGUAAAUUUCAUGAAGCUUAACGCAAUAAAACCCAAGAAAUGUUUGCAAAA